UUUGAUAGAGGGGCUGGGUGCGAAGUAUCAUGGAGGAUCAGUAGAACUGUGGCCAUCCAAGAAAACCGGGCUGUGGGUCCAAACUCUGGAGUUUCAGAAAUUUGAUUGGAUUUUUUUUUUUUUUUUACGUUAAACUAGUGUUUUAUAUUUUACUAAUAAUGGAUAUGAAGAAGAGGAUCAGUUUAGAAUUGAGGAAUAGGACACCAGCAGAGGUGGCAGAACUGGUGGUGGAUAACUGCCGCACCAGUGAUGGUGAAGUAGAGGGCCUGACGGAUGACUUUAAGGAGCUGGAAUUCCUCAGCAUGGUCAACGUUGGGCUCACCUCCCUGGCAAAGCUACCCUCGCUGCCCAAACUGCGCAAGUUGGAGCUGAGUGACAACAACAUCUCGGGUCAUUUGGAGACACUUUCAGAGAAAUCCCCCAACCUGACGUAUCUAAACCUGAGUGGCAACAAGAUCAAGGAGCUGAGCAACGUUGAGGCCCUGCAAAAUCUGAAGAACCUGAAGAGCCUGGACCUGUUUAACUGUGAGAUCACCACACUGGAGGAGUACCGUGAGAGCAUCUUCGAGCUGCUGCCUCAGGUCACCUACCUGGACGGCUUCGACCAGGAGGACAACGAGGCCCCUGACUCAGAGGCAGACGACGACGAUGAUGAUGAGGCGGAGGACGGAGCCGGACCGACAGGGGACUAUGAGGAUGAGGAUGAGGAGGGCUCGGAAGGAGGAGAGGUUGGGCUCUCCUACCUAAUGAAGGAAAGGAUCCAGGAUGAAGAGGAUGAUGAUGACUACGCAGAGGAGGAGAAGGAAAAAGAGGAGAAGGCAGGAGUCAAAGGGGAGAAGAGGAAGAGGGAUGUUGAGGAUGAAGGGGAGGAUGAUGAUGAUGAUGAUGAUGACGACGAUGAUGACUAGGCUUGUCUUUCCCCUGCGAACCUCUGGAUCCAGAUCCAAGCUGUAGAACAAUGACAACAAAAAAGUGUGAUCUUGCAGAUUGUUUCUCUUUGUAAACCAUAGAUAUCACUGUAGAGGGUGUUUUUUUUCUUUUUUAUAUAUAUAUAUGAGAUACUAUACGAAAAUGAAAUUUUAUUGACGAUUAAUUUGUUAAUCCUUCAAAGUAAAUGACCACCCCAAAUCUCUUCAAUGUGCAAGGGGUCUAAAAUAAAUGGGUGAGGGGGGUGGAUUUAUCUCAAAUUGCUUGCCAAUGAUAUGAUCAGUUGCAACUAGAGGUGUGUUAUGGACUCAUUUAAGAAGGGCUGUAGCAACAAUGACCAGCCCACCGCUCAACAGGAGUGGCCCAUACUGUCCCUCGUUGACGUCAGUGUUCAACAAACCUCCAGUGGCGUUCCAAGACCCAUGACAGGCCAUGCAGCCCAGAGUCCAGUCCAGCCCAUAGAGAUAGAUAGAGGACAGCAUGAGCAGCGCCAUUGAGGCAGUCUCCAUUUUGAAGUAGUCCAUUUUCUUCUUCACGAUUGGCUGAUCCCGCCUGAUGACCCAGUUAGACAUUACUCCAACAGGGUCACCAGGAGGGAUCAGCCAAUGAAGUUGGAAGUUCCACCCAGUUGACUAAAUUUAAAUGUUGCAAGCCCUCAAUGGCUCUGCCCAUGCUAAUAUGGCCUAUUGGCCACUAGAGGCCUCUUAUCUAUGGUCCAGCCAAGUCUCAUCUACCUCUCUGGGCCACUGUGAGGAAAGAAUGCCCCCUACAGGACAGCACUCUACACAGCACCACGCUCAUUACUCAGGUGGCCAGGGAUACCAGGCUAGAAAAGAGGCACCAGGAAGUUCAGGAACCUCUACUGUCAUCGUUGUCUGCCACAAGCGGUCUCCUCUUUCCCCUCAAUGCAUUUUGUACCAGAUAGUUUCCACCCAUCAAUGAAAGUCCUGUCUCCCGUAAGAUAGCAUAGCAAAGACUGUUACAUCCCUCACAUAGUAUGUGACUUGUUUUAGGAAUUUUUUUAAAUAGUGUGAGAUGCGGAGUUCAAAAAAAAGUAGUCUAGCAGUUUCAAUACCAGCGUUAGUCCUGGGGAGUCGCACUGCCAACUGAUGUGCAAACCGAUCCCAAAACAUUUGUGAGGGCCAUAGAGAUGUUGCUUUCUAGGACCAGUGGUUUGGCCUUAACCUUAUCCAUCCAUAACAGAUGGUUCAACAGGCCAUAUCUGUUUUUAGCUUGAAAUACUGUAACCGGCUAUUAAUGCUGUUGUUGCGGUAAAAGUGACAGAGUGGCAUGGCCGUAAUGUUUUCAUUGUAAAGUUAAGGUCAAACUGCUUUGUUGUAGGAAUUAAUCGCAUCCCGAAGUACAUUCUUACCUUUGUCUUGCUGUUGAUGCAAGUUAGUUUAUAAUUGUACUGGUAUUUUACAUAGCAGGAACUUUAAUCUAUUAUUUGUAAGGCAAUAUGUAAAUAGUUUCAGUUCCAACCGUUUGGUGUUUCAUGUGUUUGUUUUUUUAAAUAAAAGUUUUUGUCAUUUUGUUUUAAUAUAAAGCACAGGUCAAGGGGCCAAAGUCUGACCCAACACACUCAAUAUAGAUUAUUUUCCAUCCUUGGCUGUUGUGACAAGUUGUGUGUUUGGUUUUUUGUGUGCUGUAAACCUCUUAAAAGAGGGGUUUUGAAUUUAAAAAAUAUUUAAAUGA